GUGACAAAUGUUUUAUGUAUUGAAUAUCGAUUUUUAUUUACUUUCAGAUUUCGUAUAAGAAAAUUAUAACAAAAACUGUGUUAAAAUGGCUAACGACACACCUGAAAGUGAUUUCUCAAUAGAAUGCUUUCAAAACUACUCGGCUCCGGAGGUAUUUGUGCAAGGAUUGGCAGGAAUGGUAAACCAGAACGAUGUGGAAACCGUUAUUAGAGCUCAGAAAAAUAUGUUGCAACGUUUUGAGAAGACAACGGAAAUGUUAACAAACUGCAACCAGUUGUCUGCCAGCCGUCUCCGAGCAGCCUCCACCGAGUUUAAGAAGCACACACAACUACUCCUUGAGAUGAGAAAGGAUCUGGAGUUUAUAUUCAAAAAGAUUAGAGCUAUUAAGACUAAACUAAGUACACAAUACCCUGAAGCCUACAAGUCAGCAGUAGCAGCAUCAAUAGCCAACAGAAGACCAGCAGAUGAUGAUGAUGAUGAAGACUUCAAGGCUUCGGAGACCAGACCAGAAUCGAAAAUGGUGGCAACCGUCUCUACAGAAACACUAAAACCUACCACCAGUGAUACUGGCAAGAAAUCAAAGAAAAAAGAUUUGACUAGUGAUGAGAGUAACAAUAAUAAGGACACUAGUGUUGCCAGUGAAGAAAAUCCUAAAACUGUCGGUAGAAAAGUGAAAAGAAAUAGUAGUUCUUCGGAGACAGAGAGUGCAAGUUCUGGUGAUGAUAGCAGUACCGAUACAGGCUGAAAAGAACCCUCUUGUACAAAUAUUUAUGAAAAUAUUAUUUAAUCAUGUCUAAGGUUUAGCUUAUUGCCACACCUAACUAUGUUACUCAUACACAUCCAAAGAUAAGCUAAAAAAAAUUGAAUUAUUAUGAGUUCUGCAGUCAUUUAUACUAGCUUUAGUAUACAGUAGAUUAUAUGUAGAAUGUGUAUGCUUCUUACAACUCCUGACACAGGAGACAAACCUAGUGUGGGACAUUUUAUAAUAAAUUAAGGCAGGUGCUUUAAAAACCUUUGGUAAAAUGAUUAAGUUGGGGUUCUUCAAGAGGGGAGUGAAUAGGUUUCUUAAGGGUCGGCAAGACGCAUGUAAUGCCCCAAGUGUUGCA